GCCAAAUAAACCUUGGCAAAAAAUACUCUUCUGUGUCAAAGGCUGCAGUGAGAAUACAAACACGCUUUGCAACAAGCUUCAUACUAGUUUCAUAGAUAUACUUGAUGAGCAAUGCCAUGGCGUCUCAUAUUGGCGACAAUCCACAAGAACAAAAUUCAACAAAUGAGAAGGCAAAAGAUACCAUGAUUGAAGACAUGGAGGGAGCAACGUUAACGCAUCUACAAGAUUUAGCAAACUGUGAACCAUUAAGAAUCCUUUGGGAAAAGCUUAGAAAUGUAAAACAAUUAUCUUCAGAAUCAUGUAUAUUUCAAGUGAACGAGAGGCUGCGUAAUACAAACCCAGAGGCUUAUACACCUUUGACAAUAUCCAUCGGGCCUUACCAUCAUGGGAAGCCGGAGUUGAGGAAGAUGGAAAGGUUGAAGGAAUUGUAUACACACUCCCUUUUACAAAGAGCAGGAGUGGGUGUGGAGGUGUGUUGGAAGAAAUUAAAGGAGUUGGAAGGCAGAGUUGAGAGCUAUUAUGGUGAUGAGAUAGAAGAAGAAUUUAGUGGGGAUGAAUUCGUGAAGAUGUUAUUGCUUGAUGGUUGCUUUAUACUGGAAUUUGUUAUUAGAUUAUAUCAUCGAGCGUUUGGCCAUGGACAAGAAUACAAGGAUGAUCCCAUUUACAUGAUUAGUGGGAUGGAAAGUAAUAUUGUUCGUGACAUGUUGCUCCUGGAAAACCAGCUCCCCUUCUUUGUUCUGCAACAACUCUAUGACAUGAUUGUUAGAAUUCCUGGCAAGCCAGAAUUCUCAAUGCUGAUAAAAUUUGUAUUUCGGAAUAAUAUACCAAAGGUGAACAUUAGCUCCUUUGUCAAUACUGAGGCCAACCCCCGAGAGAUAAAGCAUUUACUUCAGUUAGUGCACAUUCUCUGCCAACCCCAACCCCAAAAUAAUGGGCAGAUUCAGCAGCAGAAGGCAUGUUCUUCUUCUUCUUGCUGCUUUUGGAAACAACCGCAAAGCCAAGGCCAAGCCGGCUCUGAUAUUGAAUCCCAAAGUCUUAGUAACGGACAGCAUAGAGAUAGGCAUUGGGCAUGUUUUCCUUGCAAGUUUUGGGAACAACCACAACAAAGUACAGACGUUCAUGAGGUUGAAUUAUUCUGUAUACAUGCUGCAAGUGAGCUUCAAGAAGCUGGAGUUGACUUCAAAAAGCUUGGCAAGAUUAGUAACACCUCUUCUGAUGAAACCAUAAGUCUAUUUGAUAUAAAGUUCAAUCACGGUGUGUUAGAGAUCCCUUCUUUUGGUCUCUUUGAUUCAACAGAAACAUUCUUUAGAAAUCUCAUAGCCUACGAGCAGCAUUCGCCAGAUGUGCGUCCCAAGUAUUUCUCAGAUUAUUCCCACUUCAUGGACGAUCUUAUUAAUACUGAGAAGGACGUCAACUUACUUCGUCUUAAAGAUGUUUUUGUAAAUGGAUUGGGAGAUGACAAAGAAGUGACCCGUCUUUUUAACAAACUUAGCAAAGGGGUUAUGCAUUACACUGAUGACUUCUACUACAAAGAUGUGUGCACAGAAUUGAAUCGACAUUGCAAAAAACCCAGGAAUGUGUUGAUGGCAAAACUAAGACACGAUUAUUUUAACACUCCAUGGGCAGGGAUUUCUACCUUUGCAGAUAUACUACUUCUUACGCUCACUAUUGCACAGACUGUCCUAUCUGCGCUUGAUCUGCAUAAGUAAUUUCAGCAAUAUCUACUUCUGUCUCCUAAAUAUAAUAAGAGCUAAUGCCUGUAAUAAUAUGAACUAACUUGUUUGUUUUUAUUUAGUCUUCCGACAUUUUCAAAGCUACACUUUUUCACUCAUUACAUUUUGUAAAAACUUUAAUAACAGAAUAUUUCAGUUAACUAUU